UUGUAGUUACAUGUAUAGUCGUUCAAGCGUUUUGGCCGAUAAGUAAGCGUUUAGUAUGUACUUCAGGUACGUUUGGGGAGAUGCUGGCGUUCCAAUUCUUGUCCCUCUGAGAGGACUGCUAUGGCUGUGCUCAAAGUGUCUCCCUCGGAUUGUAACGCAAUGGGUCGACUUCGCCGUACUUUGGACAAGCCUCACCUGUUACCUAUUCGUGGAAAUGUUUCUGCACCAGUUUGUAGUGGACAUGGUCCUGGGAAGCAUCUGGCAUUGGCUGGGGCCCACACUGUUCGAAAUUCUCUGCCUACCGUUCCUGGUGAUCUAUCUUGCCGCGAACAUCCUAUGGAUGUUUCUGCGCUCCACGCUCUGGGUUCUAUGCCUACUAGUGGAAAUGUUCCGGAGUCGGCUAGGGCCUCGGCAAGUCUUCAACCAACGACUGUUUGAACUGGGCGAGUUUCUACGCAGUAAGCCAUUACUGAAGUGGUGCGAGGUUAUAAUACUGGCUAUAGUGCGUUACACGCCGUUCAUGUUGAAGACAGCCUUGCGUCAGUCGACAGUCCACAAUUUCAUGUAUCUGCGGCAUUCGUUGAGAUUGUUUCUCUACCAAGCGCUUGGCAGCUGGUACCCGUUCGAACCGCCUGGGGAGGAUGGAACGUUAAGUGAAAACCCGCAUGACCGGAUCUCGGAUGAGAGCAAUUACACGGAAAUGAUUGUGGGAGGCUAUGUGACGUGCCUGUGUGGAUUAGUGAUCUGCUGCUGGGGUGGUGCUGCCAUCUUUAUCGGUCUGCUGGUAAUGUCCAGUGGCUUAGCGACACUCUUCAGAUCCUGGCGAUUACUCAACGUUCACGUGACAAUUCCCUCAUCUUCGGAACAUGAAGAAUCCAAAGCGCGGCAGCAGGUUUCGGAAAGGAAAUCGCUGGACCCACAUGGACCUGAUUUGAGUACGGACAGAGAAUUCCCUCUCCCAGAAUUUCGAUGGCCAAAAAGGACGUCUCCAUGGUCAACCCGGAGGUCUUUGCCCGUCCCUGACAGCCGCUCAUGGGACGAACCAACAGUAAACCAACGAUCUAACGAAAGACGGAAAAGUCUGCGUCAAAAGGUAAAGAAAGAUAAAGAGGCCACGGCGAAGUGGAAAAUGACUGCUGACCACAGAUGGAUAUCUGUUGACAAGUAGAGCUCGAUGGAUGUUUCAAGCGGGAGAAUAAGUCCGAAUGUUUGAGUCUGUUAACACGGUCAGCAGCUUUUGUACCAAUCAUUGCCUUGCGCAGUUCAAUGUAUAAUGAUUGACUGUCGCACACAUAUACAUACACAUACACACACGCAUGCAUGCACACACUCACGCACGCACACACAUAAUGCACCAAGCAAACAUCUGUUCGUACUACAACUAAAUGUACAAGACUAGUAUACGCCUUACCCUGUUGCAUUUUGAAAACUCCCAACUUCCAGUGCACACCAGGGGGGGGGGGGCAAUAUUCCAUUCUGUGUAAAUAGUUGCGUCUUGCGAUCGUGUCAAUGUGAACGUGUCAUAACUAUUAUGACCUGUCUUGACUCUUGGCCUCUGAUCAUGUUCCUCUUUCGUUUUAUCCCGAUGUCCUUUAUGGUUGACAAAAAAAGCAACCUGACCAAUAAAAAACCCAGACAUGUUGGCGCAUCGACUUUCUUUCUGUAACUAACUUUAUACAGCAACACAAUCCAACACUUAUCCACUCUUCCUCCUUGUUUCUUGAAUGUCAACAUUCCGCAGUCUAGCUCACAUGAACCUUUCGCCCCUCCCCAUCCUCCUCACUAAU